AUGGCGUCACUUAGGAUUCCUCCUCCUACAUUUUUAUUUCUUCUAGCACCGCUCCUUAUCUUGGCUACGGUGAACUGCGAUGAUGAAGAAGGCCACGUCCUUUCCGGUAUCAACAGUUACCGGCAAUCUCACAACUUACCAGCCCUAACGAAGCACGACAAGGCAGAUUGCCUAGCAGAUGAAAUCGCAGAGGAGUUGGAAAACCAACCAUGCCCCAGUGGCGGCAUUACUCCUGCUCCGGCAUCUCAAUUUUCUCAGUAUCCCAAACUGUUAGACAAGUGCGACAUAGACAUUAACACGACAACGGAAGGCGUUAUCCUCCCGGUUUGCGUCCACGAUCGUGUUGCGACCCUCGUGCUCACGAACUAUACUCUGUCUCGACAUGCUGGAUACCUUAACAAUUCUAAGUAUAGUGGAGCUGGAAUUGGCACUGAGGAAGACUGGACUGUCGUGGUCUUGACCACAAAUACUGUCGGUGGAAGCUUUGCUAAUGGAGUUACUAGUUUGAUUAAUAGUAGUGUGUUUGGUAUGAAUACUAUUCAUUAUUAUUUUAUGUUUUUGUUGUUGGGGUUCUUCCUAGCUAUUUAAUUAACUGAUAGGACUAGUAGCUACUUAUGUGUAUCGACUGUUCUUCUCUACAUGUAUGUAUAUAUGUAUU